AUGAGGGGCAGCAGUGGGCAAAUCAUGAGGGGUACUGCAGCCUGGACCAGCAGUGAUUGCGAGUGCACAUGCGGUGUAAGGCUGAGCAGAACAAGGGCUGGGGCAAGAUCACUGGCUCCUGGAGGGGUUCGCCCCCUGGAGGGGAGGAAGAAGGAGAAAGAAGAGAAGGAGAAUAGGGUAGAAGAAGACGAUGAUGACGAAUUUGGUAAUGCAUGUGAUCUGGGCCAGUUCUGGACUGAUGGCAUCCAGUGGCCUGUGCCAUCCAGGGCUGAGAUGUGUAAGCUGGUGGAGGAUCUGGCAGAUGAGCUUCUUUGUGCCUGCCAAGCAUUUUGCAAGCGUAUCUUCAAGGCACACCUACAGCCAGCCAUUAGAAUGACCUGUGCCUAUGAAGGCUGGAGUGUCUAGGAGGACAAUGUUAUCUACUGCCUGCACAUGGCCCUGCAGCCUCCCCCUGGGCAUGACUCCUAUGUGGAGCUGGACACCACAGAGGAGAUGCUGACCAAUGCCUCCUGCCUCCAUAUGCAGCUAAAGUGCAUGUACAAGAGGGAGCAGACGGUGGGAGACAUGGUGUGCCUCCUCCACUACCACAGGGAUGACCUGGAAAGUCAGCACCCCAGCCUCCUUGACACCCUUUGCACCAACUCUUCCUUGGACAUCCAAAAAAUUGCCUGCUGGUUCCAGAUGCUGGUAAAAGACACCUGGAAGUUUAUGCCUCUGUCACAGUGUUGCCAGCUGAGAAAGCUGACAUGCUCCUGCAAGCUCCAGCUAACAAACACCUCCAAGCAAACCCUGUCCAUUGAGAAUUUUGGGGUCCAGCUAGGCAACACCAACUUCUUCCAGAGCCUUGAGUAGGCAAAGGCCAGAUUGACCACCAGCAUGGCAUGGCAGGAGAGCUGUGAUGUGGCUCAGAUAUGUCACCAAGAAUGGCCAGCACAACGUCCUCCACCCCAGAAGGGAGAAAUUUAUCUAACAGAAAGAGAUAGAUGAAUAGGUAAAAGGCAAACCUUGUGCUUAGGAGCUGAAAUAAAAUAAUAAAAAAAAAAUCCUAAAUUUAAAAAUUAAAAACAACUGUUUCAGUUAUUCCAUUUCUAAAAUGUAGUCUUGUCUCUCUUUUAGUGCUGACAUUAGAAGUUGUCCUUGUAGCACACUUAUUUGUCAUUGUCUGUAAGUGUUUCAUCAGGUUUCUUUUCUCCUCCAGUCCUCCAUAUUAAAUAACACUGCAAGGAAGUUCCAACCCAAACCUAAACUAAACUGAACACAAUAAAAGAAGUAACCUUCUUAUCCUGUUGCCCUGAAUCACAAGACUUGGAACAUUCCACCUUUUCUCCUGGUUUUGUACUUCAGGCAAAAAGUUUACCAGUAAUUUUUUCCCUUCAGUAAGUCUUGAUUCUUGCUCCAUCACAUCUUUUCUUCAUCUUCAUGCUCCUCAUCUUUAGCUCAAUCUUUAUUUUGCUACACUCUAUACUGUUAAAGCUCUGUUUGGAGC